UCGGUAAAUACAAAUGUGUUAUAAAAUUCCACGUCCUCGCGGGCCAUUCCCGAUUUAGUAGACGAGUGCAAAGCGGGACUGGUUACAUCAACAAACACUUCGACAUGGAGUUGACGCGGUGUCUAUCUAUUGUUUUUCUUCUUGUCGCCUUCCAGUGCUUGCUGACCAAUGCGGCCCCCUCGAACAAGGUGCGUCGUGCUGUGGUCACGGUCGUGAACCCGCCGACAGUUGACGUCACCGCCGCCAUCUCCGCCAACCUCCCCAACAUGCCCUCCGUGUCCGACAUCGGUCACAAGUUCUUCGACAUGCUCCCCAGCAUGCCCUCCCUCCCGGACAUAAAACUGCCGUCCCUCCCAUCACUACCCUCACUCAAUCUACCCUCACUUCCGAGUUUGCCCGACGUGAACACCAAAGUGAUAACGGAGGCGGCCAAGGCAUACGUCAACACGGCGGUGGCCAAGGGAAAGGACGCCUACAACUCGGCUUCGACAAAGGCGGCUGAUGCGUACGAUGCGGCUAAGGUUAAGGCAGCUGACGCAUACGAUUCGGCUAAGGUUAAAGCCGCUGAUGUCUACGAUUCGGCCAAGCAUAGGGCGGCUGAUGCGUACGGAGUUGCUAAAGAAAAGGCGGGAAAUGCCUACAAUACGGCUUCGGCUAUAGCUGCCGAUGCGUACAACAGAGUGCCGCCACUGCCCAAGACAGGAACCGUUGAGGUCAUUGUCCCCGCGUAAUAGUGUACAAUCGACGUUGCUCAAUAAAAAGUUACUUCAGACUGUUGUAUUCAUUGUUAUUGAUGAUAAGUGAGAUAUGGGCGGAAGAGGAAAGAUAGAAAUCUACUCGGCUCACCCCAACAAUGAGGGAGAUGUUACUGAAUAAAUUUAUGACGAAGUAUCUCCCAUCUGCGAUAGUAUAUUUCAAAAUCAAUAUUGUCCGGGGAGAGCCUCUGAGGAUCUCCCCUCAAACCUACCUUUGGAAGCUGAAGGAUCUCAUGGAAUUUUUUCUGUGCCCUCAAUCCCCCCUUACUACUCUCUGCCCCUCUUCUUCCCCCUUUAUACUUUUCUGCUCGCCUUCGAAAGAUUCCAAAUUCCGCCCAUGUAACCACAGGCUUGAAUCCUAGACCCACUGUAAGACUGACCUUACAAAAUAGCAACGAUAUUAUACCUAUGUUUGAAAUUUUCA